UUAUAUUGAAUCUAUUGUAUUAAGUUCCAUCAAGAAAUUAAAACAUGGUUUACUCUUCUUUCCAUCUUCCAUUGCUAUUAUUCACUCUUUUCCAAUUAAUUGUAAUUCAAAACCAUUUGUUUUGCAAAGCUGAUCCUACUGAUGGUUUCACUCCCAUAUCUAUUAACCAAGGCAAUUUCGAAAUUCAAAAGCCUUAUGAUGUGCCUGUGAAUCAAAGGUAUUCCUUCAUUGAUGGAGUACACAAAUUUUGGGUUUACAAGACUGACAAGCCUCACACUACAUCUAGCCAAACAAAACCCCGUUGUGAAAUUCGUAUAACGGGGAAUGAUUAUUCAUCUGGUGUUCGACAAUUUGAGGGAUAUUUCUAUGUGCCAAGUGGUUCAUCUGGUGUGUCAAUAAUGCAAGUAUUUGGAGCAUCACCAUCAUCCACAACUUUAAUGCUAAGAGUUUAUGAUGGAACUCUCUAUUACUAUAGAGAAAAAGUUAUUGAAUCAAAUAUUUAUAAUAGAUGGAUCAGACUAAAUGUGAUUCAUGAUGUUGGUGCAAGUAAAUUAAAGGUUUAUAUUAAUGAAGUUCUCAAGCAUGAACCAUCAGGAAGAGGUGGAGACCAUCAUUAUUUCAAAUUUGGAGUUUAUACACAAGAUAAUGAGUCUGAUCGAAUGGAGUCUCGUUGGAGAGGGAUUAAGCUUUUCAAGAAAUAAACAUCUAUCACUUGUAGUGUCUUAACAUGAUCGAGCGGACUAGCUCUAUAUGGGUCAUGAAACUUAUGUAAUUUCAUUUAAUUAAGAAAUAUGAUGUAUUAAGACAAAUAAAUCAUCCUCUUAGGUUUAUGAUCAUGAGGUUGAGUUGAAUAAGAUUUUACAAAAAUAAAUGAAACAAGCUUUAAUCA